GUUGGAGGCGUUUCUAGAGACUGCAGAAAACGUGCUGCUGCGCAGCGGCACUUUGCCUACGAGGACGCGCUGGGCGAGGCCGCAGCAGCUAGCUGCUGAAGCUGCUGCUGCUGCUGCUGCUGGUUCUCCUGCUGCUGCUGCUGCUGCUGCUGCUGCUGCAGCAGCAGCUGCUGCUGCAGCGGAGGGGCAGUCCGAGCGCUCCCCCGACGCCGCCGCAGCAGCCUCAGCAGCAGCUGCUGCAGCUGCUGCAGCAGAGCCGCCCCCAGAAGCAGCAGCAGCAGCAGCAGCAGCAGCAGCAGCAGACCCUGCUGGGCGGCUGAUGCUGCGGCUAAACGCGAGGCGGCGGCGGCAGCAGCUGCUGCGGCAGCAAGCAGCAGAAGAAGCAGAAGUUGCUGCUGUGCUGCAGUCCAUUCCUUUCAAACCCUCAGUGCCAGCGAAGACAAUAGAACAAGAGAGAAGAUCCAAACUCACUGAUUUAGGGUUUGUGGAAGUUGUCGAGUUCGCCAAACCCUGGAGGCUAAACCCUAAUCCUGAAAACGGAGAAGAAACCCCCGACCUCUGGGCAGCAGUUAUGGAACGUGAGAAGAGAACCUGGCCCGAGGGUUUGGUACUUGACGGCUUGUUGACUCGCGCUGACUGCACCACUUUUGGCUUCGACGAAAAACGCAAAGAGUUUGUGAAGCUGCUGGACAGAUAUGAGGAAGAGCUGGAGCGCGGCAGCGGCAUAUCUCUGGGCACUGUUAUUUUCUUCUUGAUGAUUUUCAUUAGAUGGUAUACGAGCUAG